UGCUCGCUGGGGGCUCUACGGAACGGUUCUCACACUCGGAAAUGCGGUUUACUUUCGAGUCUUUGUUCUAGCACAGAGUAGUGCCACGACCACGACCACAUCCAUAGCCAUAGCCAUAGACACCUACCUUCAGGUGUUUGGCGCCAAGCUGCCCAUUUCGUUUUGUGGCAUAGAGACAAAUUGUUUAUCUUGUGUCAAGUGCUGGGGUAGACACUGCCACAUCCGCCACCAACCCGACGAACCCAUCCCCAUGCCAGUCCCGCCCAGGAGCCAGCCAGUCAUUCAGUGAAAGUUUGUGUCGCCAUCUCUGGUGGCUGUUGUGGGAGCCUCUGUCUGUGGAGUACUUAACAAAAACAGUAAACCUGCCGGAUCGUUGUGUUGGCAUCGCUGCUUCUGGUGCCACUGCCACUGCUCCACGCGUGCGGUUUGGGGAGUCGAAAUCGGAUGACAUUAUCUCUGUGUGGGCUGCGGGCCGCAGGACAUUUGUGGUGGUGCCCCGUGGGUAUGGUGAUGCUGCCUCUGUCUUUUCCUCUGCCUCUGCCUCUGCCUCUGGAGCAUUGUUUUUGUUUGCGAGAACAAAAUUAAAAGCGAAACGAGUCCUCGCACCUUAGGCAUGCAUCUUUAAUCAGCACCGAUGAAUUUCCGUGCCACCCCGUGUCGCCGCACCGUGCCCGUGGAUCCGUGCGAAAUGGUUACGGCGUAUGAAUAAGCAAUGAAAUAAGCGCUCCCAGGCAUUUGUCAUUCGACAAAGUGAAAAUUGAAGUGACUGUGAAAAUUAAGACAAAUGCGUGCUCCUCCUCCUUCGGAUUACUCUGUCCAUUAAACAAAACUCGAAUAACAGACGGUCGCCUAGCCCGCAGGCGAAUCCACGAAGCUCCAAUCCGAAUCUGAAUUCAAGCUAAAUUUGGACUUAACUAGUCGUCUACCGCAACAAAAGCAACAAAAGAUGGAGGCUAAAGCUGGUUUAAGUUCACAGGAGGAAAGGGCCCUGAAAGGUUCAGAGAAACUCAAAAUGCUGGACAUCACCCGCGAUAAGCCCGUGAAGGUGGCCGUCAAAGUGGCCGUGCCCGUGAGGGAUCACCCCAAGUUUAAUUUCGUUGGCAAACUGCUGGGACCCAAGGGCAAUUCGAUGAAGCGCCUCCAGGAGGACACCAUGUGCAAGAUGGCCGUGCUGGGCCGCGGGUCGAUGCGCGACCGGCGGAAGGAGGAGGACCUGCGCGCCAGCGGCGACAAUCGGUAUGCCCAUCUCUUCGAGGACCUGCACGUGGAGAUAUCGACGUUCGCCGCCCCAGCCGAGGCCCAUGCCCGCAUCGCCUAUGCCCUGGCGGAAGUGCGUCGGUUUCUGGUUCCGGACUACCACGAUGAUAUCCGCCAGGAGCAGAUGUGGGAGAUGCAGGCGCUCACGUCCACGCCGGGUCUGGCUACGCACCUGGACGACUCCCAGAGCCCCACCAACAGCACCAGCACGGGCACGGGCACGGGUACGAAUCCCAAUCCGAGUGUCGUCAACACCUGCCGUGGUCUUGCCGGUGGGCUGGCGGACAUGGACACAUCGAACGAUGACAAAUCGGACAAUGACAUCAGUGGCAUGGACUGCCUCUCACCGGACAAGCUAGACUGUUCCCCUGCCUGCGGCAGCAUCAGCAUCACCACCACCACCGAGCAUGCCCACAGCCAUGCCCAUGCCCAUCCCCACCAGCACCACCAUCAUCACCAUCAUCACGGCCAUCCCCACGCCCACGCCCACGCCCAGCCGUCACACUUCCACCAGCUUCUGCAGCAGGCCCACGGCGGAGCCAGUGCAGCGGCAGCGGCAGCCUGCGGGGAGCAUCUGUCCGGACAGGCCACUCCGGCAGCGGCAGCGGCACUGCACACCACAGCCAUGGCAGUGGCGCUGCAGCACCAGCUAACAGCAGCUGGAAUCGGAGGACUUCUGAAGCCGGCGGCCGGGGUUGGUGCAACAAUGGCCGGGCUGCCGACCACGCAGGCGAGUGCCGCGGCCCUGCAGCUGCCCAACUGCGCAGACGGAGAGGCAGCCACAUCCACACUGACGCUGCUGGAGCCGCCUGGCUCAGCUCUCCUCCAUCCCGCACUGCGCAACGUCAAGACCAUCAACAUAGGUGGCGGCCUGGGACGCAAGCGUCCGUUGUUGGGCGUUCCCCGUACUGGCAUGAAUCCCACCAAACGAACGGUGAUGAGUCUGCUGGCCAGAGCCAAGAAUUCGCAGGCAUUGCACUCGGUUCGACAGCCUGUGGUGACAGCAUCCAGCUAUGCAGAGCCCUUGCAGAUGCUGGCCUCGCCCUUCAUCAUUCCGCACCACCAGGCCGUCGACCAGCACCAGCACCAGCCCCUCCUGGCGCUGUCCAAGGAGAGUCUCGCCCAAGGCGUCUAACCCAGUGACCUCCUCCAGCUGCGGCUGCCCACUGACCACGGUCCCAGUCCAUCCCGACCGCCUUCGAUGUGCCCCGCCUCCUUCUUUUAAAGAGACCUUGAGGAUGGAACCCAUUAAUCUUUGCGUAGUUGAUGCACACACCGCAUCGAAUGUAUACCCGUACACGAAUGCAUACCCGUACUCGUACAGACGUACGACUAUACCGAUCUUUAGGGACUAACUGUGAACUUAUACGAGAACGAGCUGUGUCGCGUCUACAGUGCACACUCGUGCCCGUGCCACACGAUUUUUUUUUUUACUGAUAAUAAACGGAGCGAAUAUUUUCAAUGCGAUGUUUUAUUUCCACAGAAGAAAAUGAAAGGAAAAAAACCAAAAACAAAAAUUCAAAAGAAAUGUUAAAUUUAAUGGAAUAAAGUUUAAAGACAAAUUAAAACCUAAAAUUAGUGUCAAAUUAAAGAGAAUUAAAGAGAGCAACUUCAAUAGAAAUAAAAUGUAAACGCAAUUACUUUAAACAAAUUACUUUAACUAAAUAUACACACAAAUACGAAUGCGAAUGCGAAUACGAAUGCGAAUUCGAGUACCGAACACACAAGUACCAUACAACAAUACUUAUAUACAAUACAAGCAAACACAUACAUAUACAUAUACAUAUACAGAUAUAUACAACUAUAUAGUAUGUGUGUGCGUGUGUACUUAAAUCUACAUGAACUAAGAUUAAACCGAACAAAACUACUAAAUUAAUGAGAUAAUAAUUUUAAAGAGUUUUAACAGCAAAAUGUUUAACAAAGCAAAGACAAAGUCAAAGAUACUCGUAAAUGGUAUUAUAUAAAGUAGACAGACCCCGAUCAGAGAGAUCCCACCGCCUUCAGCUUACUUUGCCUGAUUGAUUGAUUGAUUGAAUAGUCCUAGCCCCCACUCAGCCCAGAGCUUGUGCUAGAUAUGAUAGAUAGUUCGGUUUCAGUUCGAGAACGGAAAGUUUCGGCACAUCGAAAGCAGCGAUUACCUACAGAGUUAUAUUUUGUUCAGGUUACGAGUAUACAUACAGAUAGGAAAGAUAGGAUACGGACAGGAUAGGUCUUUUGUCUGAGCCUAGCUAGAUUUUUCCCAUCCAUCCCCACACUGUAUUUUAUAUCUAAAUAAUGAAUUUAUGUUCCACACUAAGGGAAUUUGAUCGGAAUCGUUUCUACAAUAUGUUGCACUUUAAGAGUUACGUACGUAUAUGUAUGUCCCUUUCCCGGAACUCCACCAGCUAAAGAUUUACACUUGGAUGAGAAGCAAGGAUAAGCACAUAUAUAGUACAUACUAUACAUAGCGAUAACCGAUAUACAUACCAUACAAGCAAGCAUUAAUCGAUAAAUGUUCAAAAAAGUUUAAUCAAAAGGAAACGUAACGAAACGAAACGAAUAUUUACAAGCGUAAAAUAAACGUAAAAAUACAGUAAAUUAUUGAUGUUGAAUGAAAGCAAAUCCGUGUAAGGUCCUACUCAUAUCCUAUCCACAUGCCAUUACGUGUAGAUGUCUAUUAUGCAACUUAAAUUAAAUAACUAAACAAAGUCUUAAAUGGCACACAGGCGAACUCAAUGUGAGAAAGUGCAGCCAAUUCCACGACACCACCACCACCACACAGCUUCGAGCUAUUCACAAAUAAAUUGCAAUAU